AUUGGUCAACCACGAUAUGUAUGAUCUGGUCAUUGAGGCUGACUCGAAGGAGUUCGAGGUGCUGCUGCUGAACCGGGAGCUUGCCACCAAGAGCGAUCCCAAACCCGGUGACCUCAUUGAGAUAUUUCGAAAGGCCUACCAGCACUGGGCCAUAUACGUGGGAGAUGGCUAUGUGGUGCACAUCACUUCCGAUGGGAUGUGCAGCGGCGUUUGCCUCGGUGUCAUCAGCUGUUCGAGCAAUGCCAAAGCAGUUGUGAGGAGGGACAAGCUUGUGGAGGUGGUGGGCACUGACAAGUGGAAGGUGAACAACAAGCUGGGAAAUCCGCUGCCCGUGGCCGAGAUCCUGGAGAGUUGCCGCCAGAUGGUGAACAAGAAGCUGUCGUACAACAUCUGCAAAAGAAACUGCGAGCAUUUUGUGACCUUGCUCCGUUUCGGGCAGCCCCAUUCGAAACAGGCAGACAAAGUCAAGACAGGUGCGAAAAUAGUGGGAUUUCUCGGCACCGUUUUUUUGGCCGCACUGGCCCUCUAGAGUUAGUCAGUCGCUGGCAGCGCUGCUGUGGUGCGGCUCAACAACCACCGUCGUCAUUCACCAUGCUCGAUCCACUGCUGACGUCCCUCAUGGUCUUGCGAUGCAACAAUCCAUUAAUCACGUGCAUGCAUUUUUCUUUGUUUUUGUUGCUUGCUUGCUUGCUCCAUCUCUGAUGGUCAAUGUGUGUCGCGCUGGUUAGGAGAUGUUAACUGCCUCGCCUGGUAUGCAGGAGGCCGUGGGUUCGAUCCCGACCCUGAAGUCUGCUCUAUAUUUGGAGUGUGCAUUUUUUACCCGGUCCUCCAGUUUUAUCUUCCACAUUUAAAAUCAACUGAGCUAUGUAGCUCUUUCUCAGAAGCAACCUGGCCACAAAUGAUAGCCCAAAGAAGGGGCGUAUCACAUGACAAUGUAUAGCAGCCGAAUACUCUAAGCUCACGUUUCUAAAUGUGGAUGGAAAAACCAGAGGACCCAGAGAAAAAAAAUCCACGCGACCACGGAGAGAGACAUGCAAUCCACAAAAAUAGAGCAGGCAUCGUCAGGGUCAGGAUCGAACUCACGACCUCCUCUAUACCAGGCAAGGUAGUUAACAUAUCAGCACUACCGCAGCCCUAUAUGUACUACUCGCAUAUCUUUUUUUCACUGAAAUUCUCUUUUCACUCUUUGUGCGAGACAUUAAAACCAAUAAAGAUCCU